AACGUGAAGAUCAUUCAAAGUCUGUAAAAACCACUCAUUCAGUCUUCAAAUCUGCACAGUUGUACCUUCAUCAUCCAACACCCAUGUGUGAGAGCUACUUCCUGUCUAACAGCGAGCUGUCAGAAGACAGUUCUGGUGCUGCACGUGCUAGACCUUCCUCGAGUGCUGUCUCGCAGAAUUGGAAGAAAACACAUCGUCAUCAACGUGUUUUCUCUGUUCGUCAUAAAAAAGAUGGUGAAAAUGAAUUUUUUCCACUUUCUGUGGAAGCAGAUUACAGCAAGAAUGAGGAUCUAAAUGUUAGUACCUCCUUGGGGCAUGAAACGUCAUGGAAGGAGCUACUUCAACGUGGCAGAGGAGAAGCAGAACAAAAGGCAGCUAGAAAUUAUCCUUUGCCAGGUAGCCAAACAACUCGCCUUAACGAGAAUGUGGGGAAAGAUCUCCCACCGAGACAGAGAACCCGCUCCGGUGGUAGCUUGGAUGAACUCUGGGUAAAGUUUUUGGAGUGCCAGAAGAGACACCGGCACCGUGAUUUUGGGAGUAACGGUGAGCUGUCCCUUGUUGAACGCCUCGAUCGAUUGGCCAGGGUCCUUCAGAAUCCCAUUAAGCAUACACUAAUACCAACAGAAUCUGAGAAGAAUGUUUCUGAAAAGAAAAUAAGACUGCCAGAGAAGAGUGUGUCCGAAAGUACUUUAGAGCCUAACGCAAUACGUGUUGAAGACAGACCACCUAUCACCCAUGAUAAACACACCCUUGUCAAGCUUGGGAAAAAUAGGUCAGGAGAGAAGAUUAUCUGCCACAUGGACAGCGUUUUGGAGCACUGGCAGUACUUGGAAACUCCUAGCGACACUGUGUCGGAGGCAAGGCUUAGUGGAGAUCAUGGCACCACGAUCAGUUCCACCACCUCAGAAUCAGAUGUGGUGACCCAAACAGAGAUAGAAACUGCUACUCAGACCGAGGUGAGCAGUUCCAUUUCCACCAUUGACACUGCCAGGCUGAUCAGGGCUUUUGGGCACGAAAGAGUGCAGGUGUCACCAAGACUCUCCCAGCUGUAUUGUACCAUCAACCACCAGAAGAGCCGCUGUGAAAAACGGGACAAGGGAAGUGGCAAAGCAGUGGGUAUAGAAUACGCAAAGCUUUCUUCUGAGAGACACAGGAAAAGGAAAGAGAUCCAGAAUGCAAUCUCCCGUUCGUGGGAUUCAGCUUCGGCAAGCAGCAGUUCUUGGGGGCCGAGCUCUGCUCUUAGUAACAAGCGACGGACACGGAUGCUAAACAAAGGUAUCCAAGCAGGAGACUUGGAGAUUGUGAGCAGUGCAACUAAGAAAAACACUCGAGAUGUUGGUGUGACUUUUCCUACCCCAAGAGCCAGCCAGCCAAAUCAACGGCCGCAGGAACCCUGGCGUUGUGCUGAAGGUAUUUUGGGAGAGUCAGAUGGUAUGGUCACAGAUCAUCAGGCAGCAGGAAGCAAGGGUAAGCAGAAGGGACAGCCAGGCAAUUUUUUCGUGGAGAAAAGGACAAAAAGGAGCAGGCUGCGUUUGCCACAAGGGAUUUCAUGGUUUGUCCAAGCAGAAGACCUGAAAUCUGAGUCUAGGAAAGAAAACCAUUCCAAGGCCUUUUCUGGUCCUGGUCCGUCUUGGUUUGAACCACUAACCAGCGCAAAGCCUUGGAGAGAGCCUCUCCGAGAGAAGAACUGGCAAGAGCAGCAGCACAGCAACACGGUUCAGCCAGCAGUUCCAGACAGGGGUGCUGAGAACAGGCCCUCACGGCCGCUCGUGAAGCUUACGCUACAGGAGGCUCUAGCAGUGCAUCGCCCUGACUUCAUCUCCCGCUCUGGAGAGCGUGUGAAGCACCUGAAGCUUGUCAUGGAGGAAAGGAGGAUACAGAGCGUGCUGCAGUCCGAACGAGAAGAGCUGUUUAAUCCUCCAGAGAAGAGAAAGGGCUACAGGAAUGCAAGUGACAUGCUGCCCGACAGAGGUUUUCUGAUUAGAGAGAAGAGAAGAACAAUUCCAAAGAGUGAAAUGGUUCAAAGAUCUAAACGGAUCUAUGAGCAGCUGCCAGAGGUGCAGAAGAAGCGAGAGGAAGAGAAGAGAAAAUUGGAAUAUAACUCCUACCGCCUGAAAGCACAGCUUUACAAAACA